AUGUUAGUUAUAGCCGGAGUGUCGAUUGUUUUUCAUAAUAUGUCUGGGGAUAGCGCGGUGGGAAGCGGCUCUCAGGUGGCAUUGGUAACUGGUGGAUAUGACCACACGAUCAAGCUAUGGCAGGCCCACAGCGGCGUCUGCUUGCGAACCAUGCAGCAUCCAGAUUCGCAAGUCAACGACUUAGAAAUAAACCCAAAUGGUCAAAUGGUAGCGGCCUGCGGUUAUCAACACAUCAGGACCUACGACCUGGCCAGCGCCAAUCCCGAUCCAGUUAUGAAUUUUGAAAAUAUAAUUAAAAAUGUGUCAAGAGUAGGCUUUCAGGAAAAUGGUCAGUGGAUGUACACUGGCGGUGAAGACUGCACAGCAAGGAUAUGGGAUUUGAGAGUGGGUCGCCCAUUUCAAUGUCAAAGGAUAUUUGAGGUCCCUGCACCAGUGAAUGCGGCUGUUCUUCAUCCCGACCAAUCGCAGAUCAUUGUGGGCGGUCAGACUGGCAUCAUACAUAUAUGGGAUAUAAGAACCGAUCAUCAUGAACAGUUGAUUCCAGAAGCCGAAGCAAGUAUCCAGGACAUAGCUAUAGACCCUGAAGGUAAAUUGAUGGCUGCCGUCAACAAUAAGGGCAACUGUUAUGUGUGGUCACUCGGUGGCUCCCCGCCUCGCCCAGUACCACGAACUAAACUACAGGCCCACAAGAAAUACGCACUACGCUGCAAAUUCAGUUAUGAUUCAACUAUGUUAGUUACUACAUCAGGAGAUUGGUCGGCUCGUGUGUGGCGUACCUCAGAUUGGAGCCUCAUGAGGGAACUGAGACAUGACUCACAGCGUUGGGUGUGGGACGCUGCCUUCACACUCGACUCAAGAUACCUCUUCACUGGUUCAUCUGAUAGUUAUGCUCGUCUUUGGGAUCUGGAAAAAGGUACUUUGGAACGAGAAUACUGUGGACAUCAGAAGUCAAUAACAGCUCUUGCAUUCAGAGACCAAGCUGUAUAA